AUGAACUCCCAUUCCAUCGGAUAUAUAGAGCGCCGCACAGAUAACGCUGGCCCUCUUCCCUCCACACUCCAUACCUGCCGGUCCUGGCACUGGGAUGCCAGCUGGGUGCCCGACACUCCUUCCAAAUCUCGCUGCGACUCUUCCACUUCAUUCAUGCGCUCUGCCUGCCCAGUGUUUGUGCUCGGCGUUCUGGUCAGCCUCCAGGGUGUCUGCGCACUGAACUUCAACCCAUCUGACUACCAAGCCGCCGUCGGGCGGCAGGUCACGGUGACUUGGACGACGAGUAAGGGCGAUCCAUCGACGGCUGAUCUGCAGCUUGUAUUGGAUAACAGCAUUGUUGCGGCAGAUGUUGUCGAUGUGGGAGGCUUUUUCCAUCUGUUCAAGAUCGCUGACACUGUUCAACCUGGUGAUGGAUAUGCGUUCAAAUUUGUGUCGACGGACGGGAGCGCGAAGCUGCUCGCUGAAAUCGGCACUUUUUCGAUCGCUUCGGGGGGUGGUGCGCAGACCUCGCCUGCACAGACGACAUUCCAUGAUCCCGAUUUCCCCACUUCGCCGGCGUCCAGCAGCGGUAUUUCGACCACAAGGCCGUUCAGCUCCAGCAGCGCGAGCCCACCGCUGGCCGGGUCAUCAAGUCCCGGUCAGUCUUCAUCCUCGCUGGUCUCGACCGGCGCCGGAACAAAAAGCUCCACAAGCAUUGGACCGGAGUCGAGCGGUGCGGCUACGUCCACCCGCGGCACCGCCCAUCUAUCUUCCUCCACCAUCACCGCGAUCGUGGUCGUCGCUGUCCUGCUUCCACUGAUCGCGGGUCUGGGGCUGUGGCUAUGGCUUCUUAGACGCCGAAGGGCAGCGGAGGACGAACCGAACGCCGGCUCGUCGCGGACUCCGCGUGUGACGCCGUUUAGAAUGCUCCCAUCGACGGCACGGAGACACAGCUCAGGACGCCGUGGACCGCCUCGUCUAGUCGCUUCCCAUGGACUGACGUGGAGAAAGGACUGCCGCACGAUAUACGAAGUAGCCGGGGCCCCGAAAGAGAGGUGGUGGCGCUGA